AUGGAAGCAGCAGCAACCUAUGCAUCUACGGGGCACAAGAGAACAUCCUCCUUUAGUCUCCGUUGCCCCAGUCUCAAUUCCCUUCGCCUCCGCCGCAUUUUUGAUAUUUUCGACAAGAAUGGCGAUGGAAUGAUCACCAUCCAGGAAAUUAGUCAAGCACUCAGCCUUCUUGGCCUCGACGCUGACUUCUCCGAGCUUGAAUUCACAAUCAAAUCCCACUUGAAGCCCGAUGACCUUGGCCUUUCUUUUGAAGAUUUUGUCUCCCUUCAUCAAUCAUUGGACAACAGUUUCUUCGGUUACGAUGAUAAUGCGUCGGAGGAGGAGGCGGCUGCGAAUGAUGAUGGAGAUCGGGCUAGGAUGGCACAAGAGGAAUCUGAUUUGUCAGAGGCAUUCAAGGUUUUCGACGAGGAUGGGGAUGGUUACAUAUCAGCACAUGAAUUGCAAGUGGUCUUGAGGAAGUUGGGGCUCCCUGAAGCCACAGAGAUUGACAGAAUUCACCAGAUGAUCAUCUCUGUUGACCGAAACCAUGAUGGUCGGGUUGAUUUCUUUGAAUUUAAGGACAUGAUGAGGAGUGUUCUUGUUAGGAGUUCUUGA